UUUAAUUUGCCGAUUUUGCCAGCCUGGCAGAGGUGCCAGGUAUCCUGAUUUUCUAGGAUGUGAUCUUGAUUUUCGAGAUACCGUUCUUAUUUUUGAAUUCUUCUGAUUUUAGUAUAUGAUACUGCCUCAUGCGGGUUGUCAAGAUUUUGAAAAAAUUCUCUUUCACACUAUUCCUGAUUUUGAAAUUUCACAACAUUUCAAACGGGUAGUGACGAAAUCGAUGCAUAGAAAACAUUCGGGACAAUAACAGUGACGUUAAAGAACAAACCACACUACAUCCACCUACAACUAAAAAAGCUGACAAUUUAAAAAAAACGAAUUUGAAAAAUGGGAAACACCUGCUCAAAAAUCAGUAUAAUCAGAAAUUCAAUUAUAUAGGACUAAAAAUCAGAACUACUGGCGCCUCUGGCUUCAGUCUCUCUCUGAUGGUUAGAAAACUUCUUUCUACUGAGUUAUAUUUUUUCUCAGUGAACUUGGUUAACUUGCCCGCGAGCACGCGCCGGUUGUUGACGAAAUGUGCGAAACAAGUUUGUAAAAUUUUUCGUUUUUGAAUUCGGUGUUAAAAAAAAAACAUUUUCGUUAUUUCCUCAUCUACAAUGGACGGAUUUAGUUUGUACAAUAAAGCCUACAGUGAGGCUUUAGAAACCAAUAAGCAAGAAUCCGAGCGUUGGACAAAUUACCGCAAGGAACAUGCAGAUUUGAGGACAAACCUUGAAAUGUACCAACAGCUAACCAAAGUGGACGUUCUAAUCCCACUUGGUUCGAAAGCCUUCAUUCCCGGACAACUAUAUCAUACGGGAGAGUUGUUUGCUAGUCACGGGUGCGGGUAUUUUUCGCACUGUUCAGUGAAACAAGCUAACCAAAUCAUCGAGCAUCGAAUACGAAAAGCCGACGAGAUGAUCUGUAAAUUCCAACAGGAAAAAGAUCUUUUUGCCAAUAAACUGGAACUUCCAUUCCAUGAAGAAGCUUUCGGAGGUCAGGAAAUUAUCGAAGAAUAUAACGAAGAACAUGAAAAGCUAUGGCAAGAGCAGCAUCGUAAAAACGUCCGAGAAGAAAAAAUGAGAGAGGCAAAGGAACGCGCCAAUGGUAAAACCGAUAAUCAAGAUAUCGUAGACCGGUUGGAAGAACUGGAACUACUUGAAGAAUUGGAAAAUGAAAUGAACAAUAUCGAUGUUCCAAUAGAAAACGACGAUCAGUUGCGUCAAUUAAUGAGCGGACAAAUCAAAACAAAUCAUAAAAAAAGAAAUGCACAUAUUCCGAGGAAUUCUCACAACACGAGUGAAGUUGUAGAAUCAAAAUCUGAAGAACUAAAGUUGAAGAAAAAUGAAAAUGAGGAAGAAUGUGAUGAAGAACAAUAUGAGGUCGAAAUCACAGAUGACGAUGAUAAUGAAGAUAGUGGUUCUAAUUCUUCCCAAGAAGAUGUGUCGGCAGAGUUUCUCAAACUUUUGCAAGAUACUAAAACCUUCAACAAAGCUGAGAAAACCCGUGCAUUCGAAGAAAAACUACGAGACAUCCGAAAGCGGCUCGACCAACCCAAUAUUACGAUUAAUGAGAAGGUCGAUUUGUGUGAUUUAAAAUACGACAUAGAAGAGGCGUUGGAUUUCCUAAGUCCAAAUUGGGAGGAUGAAUCAGCACAAUAUGAAGCCCCCGCGAAAGUAAAGAAAAGCAAAUCCAUAACAUUUGCAGAAAGUGAUUCAGUUAAAAUCAUAGAUAGCAAUGAAGCGGUUUAUAGGAGGGCAGAAGAUCCUUCUUCAAAAACAUUAAAAUUAAAAAUUGAACACUCUUCUGGAGCAGAACCAAUUCCAAUAAGCAAGGGUGAUGAAAUAAGCAGUCCUGUAGAUAUUUAUCGUUUGUUCGCCGUAGAAUCGAACGAUUCUGGCACUGACAAAAAAUCUAUUUUGAAAAAUCGCGAAAAAGUUCUUGCUGAAACACAUUUUGAUACCCUUCCAAUGCUGAACAGUUCGAGGCGUAAACGAGAAAGUUUGCCAGUGAACAUCAUUGGUGAUGUUGUAGAACGUGACACGAAUGUUUCUAACGAGGAAAAGUUCAACAGUGCGAAAAAAGUAAGCCGCUUUAAGCAGCAGAGGAGUUAACCAGGUAAGUAAGAGCUUUAUUUAAAUUGAAAAGUUAUAAACACACUUUCAAUAAUCGUUAA